CUCAGACUCUAUUGACAUCGCAGAGAGAAGAAGGGGAUACUGGGGAAUGAGAUAAGAACAACAUCAAUCGUGAGGCACCUAUCGAGACUCUUUCACCGCUUUUGGCCUCAUCCUCAGUCGCCAUGGCAUCCGCGAAAUCGUUACUUCGCCUGGCCCCUCGGCGAUGCAUGACAGCGAUUUCGCAGUCGUCGUCCAAAUCCCUCCAACGAGCAGCAGCACCAUUCUCACAAUGCGCGAAACAACAAGAUGCAGCCAAGGACAAAAAUGCAGAAUUGAGAACCGCACCGCCAGAUCUACUUUCAGAGCUUCGCAAAGCUCCCCGACCACCGCAGGGAAAACUCACCGCACCCAUCAUUAACGAAGCGGAUAAGUACGCAGACAAAGCUCUCCCUUUGCAUCAAUAUGGCCAAUACCUCAUGUCCGCACUUCCUAAAUACAUCCAACAAUUCUCCGUGUGGAAAGACGAACUAUGUAUCUACAUCUGUCCCGAAGGUGUCAUUCCCGUAUUCACAUUCCUUAAAUACCACACUGCCGCCGAAUACACCAUGGUCGCCGACAUCACAGCGGUUGAUUUCCCGACCAAGAAUUACCGUUUCGAAGUCGUGUACAAUCUCCUGAGUGUACGACACAAUUCACGAAUACGGGUCAAGACCUAUGCGGAUGAAGCCACACCUGUCCCAUCAAUCACAUCUCUCUAUGACGGAGCAAACUGGUACGAGCGAGAAGUAUACGACAUGUUCGGCGUGUUUUUCACCGGCCAUCCUGAUCUGCGACGAAUCAUGACCGAUUAUGGUUUCGAUGGACAUCCACUACGAAAGGAUUUCCCUUUGACUGGAUACACGGAGAUUCGGUAUGAUGAGGAAAAGAAGAGAAUUGUGGUUGAGCCUUUGGAGAUGACUCAAGCGUAUCGUAACUUUGAAGGUGGUACUAGUGCUUGGGAACAGGUUGGUGUGGGUGUCGAUCGCAAACCUGAUCAGUUCAAGUUGCCUACGCCUAAGCCGGAGGAGAAGAAGGAAGAAAAGAAAUAGAGAGACAUACAUGAUGUGGCAGGGGAUGAUUUUCGCCCUGGCUUUGGUGUCCAUAUGAGCACUGAUUGGGCUUGGUGCUGGGGUGAAUUGCGAUUAACUCUGCUGGGGUCCAAUGGAGUGUGUCAGGGACCUGCUGGUCACUUCAGCUGUGACCAAAGGAACCACAACGUUGUACAUAUAAAGACAAAGAAGAAACAAGAGCGCUAAAGUCUAUUCUACCUACCGAAUGACCCUACCUGCCAGUGGACAAUUCCAGUGAUAUUUCCUGUUCCGGACCAACUUUCGGCGAUCAAGUGAAAUA